AUGUGGUGUACACCAAGAUUGGAUCAGUUGUGGAGUACACUGCAACAGUGUGCCAAGUCAUACCAAUCGUUACAACAGACUCAUGGCGAGAUCACUGCACAUUUUGAACAGUUGAUCAAGGUCAUCAUUGCACAGGAGCAUAGGAUCAAGACGCCCAUCAAUGAUCAGAUGUCACAGAUACAAUCGACGAUCAACUCGAUCAUGAGCGAGAUCAAGGACAUCACUCAUAUUGUAAACAACUUCAAACAACAACAACAUGAUCAAACUCGAGAAGAUGAUGAUGAUGAUGCCAAGGAUGUCACAGAUUUGGUCCAAUCAAUCAGUUCAUUUACAUCAAUCAAUCAAUUCAUGUUCGCUCAUGCAUUGUUGAACGACGAGACUCAGUCUGGAACCAUCCCACCUUCAGUCAUGAAUGAUGAUGACCUCCUGUUGAUGAUCAGUCGUCACUUCCAACAAAUGCAACUGACACCUCAAAAUGAUGGAACGACGAUGUCGCCUGAUAUACCAUGGCAUGUGAAUGCCGAUGUGACCAAGCUCAACAAUAUCAAGAAACAGAUCGAGUCUUGCUUUGCGCUAAUCUCACCAGCACAUGCAGCGUCAAUGGCCAACGUAAAGCAUGAGAUGGAUGGCUACAUCAUGUCAUUGAGGUGCGAUGAGGUCUCACUGUACUCACUCGAGGCGGCCAAAUGGACGACGAUCAAGAGUGCCUUCAAGCGAUCUCUCAACGGCGUGACGACGUCUGUUGUCUACGCGCGUGGAAGCGUCUAUGUGUUUGGCGGUCGCAAGUCCCAGACUUCAUACUCGCGCUACUCACUCUCAGAGAAGCAGUGCUACCAGGCCGAGAUGACCGGCAUCAGCGGGAGCAGCAUGAUAUCCGUAUGCUACGACGGCGACAAACACAUCUACCUUGUUGGCGGCUACGACGAGGACAAUGGCCAGGUGCUGGACCGUGUGGACAGCUUCAACAUUGACACGCAGGAGUUCAAGCAGGUGGGCCAUCUGCCUGUGGGCGUGACGAUGACAUGCACAUACUUCCACGACGACCGUGUGCAUGUACAGGCGUCUGGACGCCUGUUGUCAUUCGACGCGCACACUGGCAACACCGAUGUACUCCUGCCCGAUAUGGGCACCGACAGCUUCGAUCCAUGCUGCUUUGAUGGCGUGGACAACAUGUAUAUUCUGGCCAAGGACUCUUUGAUCAAGUUUACACUGUCGAACAAACAAUCGAUCAAGUUGGCCAAAUGUCCAAUCGAUCGUCCACAAGGUGAUAUACACAGGAUCAUCUAUGAUACCAGAAUCUCCAGCAUCAUGUACCUUGGAGGCACUGGAAAGAACUAUCAAUACUCAAUCAAAGAUGAACAAUGGGUCCAAAUACCUGAUAAUGAUCAUGUUGGUGAUCGUUGUUGGUUUGGUGCAUGUUUGAUUCGUGAUUGA